CCCCUCGUUCGGUUGCGGACAUCGUGCCCAGGCUCUUCCGUGCCGCCAUCGGUCUCCAUCAACCACCCAACAACAACCCAGUCAAUCAAUCAAUCAAGCAAUCAAUCACUCAAUCUCCCAUUCCCCACCCCCCCUCUCCGAUCUCGCCAUCGCCGUUGAAAUUUGCCCCCCCCUUCUCGCCUUUUAGGAGUUUGCCAUGUCCAAUUUCAUCCCUCUCACCUCGGCCUCCAGUCGCAAGCGAGCAGACAGCUCCACCUCCAUCGACUCCUCGGCCUCCUCCCUUCCCAAUCCAGGCCUCCGUCGCCCCUCAAACACCCCUCCGAUGCCCGCCAUCGACCCAAACACUCCCGCAAGAACCCCGAGUGUCAUCUCGCAGGAGGUCGAGACCGACUCGCUUACCGAUGCGGCCUCCUCGACGAUGCUCUUCUACAAGGCCACCUCCAACUCGUAUUAUGCCCCUCGCUUUGCCAACGGCAUUCUCUCGAUCUACCCAAGAUCAAAGGACCAGAACAUCAAGCCCGUCUUUGAGUGCCCCGUGGCCCUCACCGUCCUGAAAAUCAGAGUCUCUGGCAGCAGCGUCUGGUCCGGCAGCUCCUAUAUCUCGGCCACCUCCUCACAGGCCAUCAAGGUCGUCUCGGCCCUGACCGCCGCCGCCGCCCAGGAAAAGUCGCCUCCGUCGACACCCAUCGCCGGCCCAUCCUCGGUCAGCUCCCCCCCUGUCCUCAAGUCCCGCUCGGCCUCCAACACCACCACCCCCAUCGAGCUCUUCCAGUACACCACCCUGCCCUACAACACCGGCCCGGGCUCGUUCUCGCCCGCCCCGGCCAUCUACGCCAUGCCCUACAUCAACCCCAGCUUUGCCUCGCCCGUGCUCUCGUCGUCGCCGUCGCCUGGCUCGCAGAGCAACCCGUCGCCUUCGGGCUCGAUCCUAUCGCUGAGGAAAAAGAUUCGCUUCAAGCUCUUUGCCCCGACCACGUCCAUAUCCUUCUACGCCUCCCCCGAGACCUUCGAGAGCUUCCGUGACCUUGUUGAGCGAGAAAAGGAAGCUGCCAUCGAGGGCACCGUCGGCGACGGCCGAAAUCUGCUCAUGGCCCUCCGAGAAAUCGACGAGCACAACAACUUUUGCGCCGACUGCGGCAUCGAGCUCCCGACAUGGGUCUCCAUCGACAAGGAAAACCACUCGGCCAUCCUCAUCUGCGAAUCCUGCUCCGGCAUUCAUCGGUCCUACGGCACAAAACACGUCAAGUCCUUCCUCCUGGACGAAAAGGUCUUUUCGGAUCCCACCCACGACCUGUACGAUGCCGUUCACCAUGCCACCAACGCCGGCCGCACCAUUCCGAAUCGGGAGAGCAAGCCCCAGCCCGAGUUUCGGUUGCUCACCAAGGUCGUCAGCACCAGCGAGUCGGCGCAGUCGCCCGACAUUCCGCCGGCCCUGCCCAUCUCCGUCCCCGAAAGCGAAGAGGAGACCGCGGCUCCGUUCCUGAGUCGCCAGCCUUCGAUACAUUUCUAAAACUCACUCGGGCAAGUCCAGCCGGGAAGCAGCAUACAUCAUGCCCUGAUCCCGAUGAGCUGCGGCAGGACCCUUGGGCAACCCGGCUUUGCACCAACUUGGACCGCCCCUUUGUUCUCUGGCUUGCUGCCUCUCGCCCGUCUGACUUCUAUCCAUUGGUUAUCGCUGCCCUUGCAUCGUUGUUGUUGUUGCUGCUGUUGUUGUUUUUCGUACCUUUUUUGGAUGAUGGUUUUGUACAUAGUGUUGCUUGUCUUUUUCGUUUCUGCGCUUCGCUCCAUGUGCUCGGCGCCACUCUUUACCUUUCCGUGCAAGUCCGACGAUCCACGUAUGUCUCUUGUCGCUUCGGUCCCGACUUUGUUUGCAUCUAUUCUCGUCCCUGCCCAUCAUCUCUACAGGCAGCACUUCUGGACUGGCAACCACACAUGUACUCUGGGAGCCAGU